AUGGUGAAGAUCACAGGUUUUACCACGAGGGACGUGAGGUUUCCGACCUCCCUCGACAAGACUGGCUCCGAUGCCAUGAACGCCGCGGGUGACUACUCUGCCGCCUACUGCCUCGUGAACACGGAUUCGCCUCAUGUCGGACAUGGAAUGACCUUCACCAUUGGCCGCGGAAACGAAAUCGUCUGCUCCGCCAUCUCCCUUCUCGCGCCCCUCGUGGUUGGCAAGGACCUGGACGAGCUCACGGCCGACUGGGGCAAGACGUGGCGCUACCUGGUCUCCGACAGCCAGCUUCGAUGGAUCGGACCCGAGAAGGGUGUGAUCCACCUCGCCCUGGGUGCCGUCGUCAACGCGCUCUGGGAUCUGUGGGCGAAGACCCUUGGUAAGCCCGUCUGGCGCAUCGUCGCCGAGAUGAGCCCCGAGGAGUUCGUCCGCUGCAUUGACUUCCGGUACAUCACCGAUGCCAUCACGCCGGAGGAGGCCAUCGCUCUUCUCAAGGAGGUCGAGUCCGGUAAGCAGGAACGUAUCAAGGAGGCGGAGCAGAGCCGGGCUGUGCCCGCGUACACCACCAGUGCUGGCUGGCUCGGAUAUGGCGAGGACAAGCUGAGGGCUCUUCUGAGUGAGAGCGUUACUCAGGGAUACAAGCACUUCAAGCUGAAGGUCGGAGGAAACUUGGAGGAUGACAAGAAGAGAUUGAGCAUUGCCCGUGAGGCCAUUGGAUAUGACAAGGGUAACAUCCUGAUGGUGGAUGCUAAUCAGGUCUGGUCCGUCCCCGAAGCCAUCACCUGGAUGCAAGAGCUCGCCGAAUACAAGCCCUGGUUCAUCGAAGAGCCCACCUCCCCCGACGACAUCCUCGGCCACGCCGCCAUCAAGAAGGCCCUCGAGAACACCCCCCACGGCACCAUCGGCGUUGCCACCGGCGAGAUGUGCCAGAACCGCGUGGUCUUCAAGCAGCUCCUGCAGGCAGGAGCCCUGACCGUCCUCCAGGCCGACGCCUGCCGAGUCGGCGGUGUCAACGAAGUCCUAGCCAUCCUGCUGCUGGCGCGCAAGUUCAACGUCCCCAUCGUGCCGCACUCGGGUGGCGUGGGCUUGCCCGAAUACACGCAACACCUGAGCACCAUCGACUACGUGGUGGUUAGCGGUAAGAAGAGUGUGCUGGAGUAUGUCGACCAUCUGCAUGAGCACUUUGUGCACCCGUCUAGCGUGCGGGAUGGAUACUACGUGACCCCCUUGGAGCCCGGAUACAGCGUGGAGAUGAAGCCCGAGAGUAUGGAUGAGUUUGCCUUCCCCGGCGAGGAGGGCAAGAGCUGGUGGAGAUCACAGGCCGCGAAGCCCAUUCUGGAGGGCCCUCGGAUAUAA